ACAUAUAGCCAUAACUCGAUAAACAUUUCAAUUAACCAAAGUGCUUAAAAGCAAGAUGAUCGGAGAUUAAUCAGAUGAUCUAGAAAAUAUAUAUGAAUCAAGGUAUGGAAUUAUCAGGAUUGUUGCAAAGUGAUGGUGCACUUGGCCAUUGCACUACAUAAAUCUUCCGGUCCAUUUUAUUCGCAUUCUUCUCUUCUGCUCAAUCACAACAAAUUUUAGAUAAAUCAUCCCAUUUCUAAGUUUCCAUCCAGGAAGCAUGAACUUUUCGCAACUUAUAAUGGAGAAACUCCGGCCAGUACUUGUCGGUGUCAAAGGCUGGAGCUACUGUGUUUUCUGGAAACUUAGUGAAGAUCAGAGGUUCCUUGAGUUGAUGGAUUGUUGUUGCGGUGGAAGUGAAAAGAAAGUGGCUGAUAAUAUGAAUGGUGAAGAAGGUGCAGGGGAUGAUGAGGAGCUUGUGUUUACAGUGGCUUCUAUGAAUCCUUGCAGAGAUCUCGUGUUUCCGCACCCAACGACUAAGGCCUGUCAGCUUCUUUCCCACCUACCUUCUUCCCUUCCCAUGGAUUCCGGGAUUCAUGCCCAGGCCUUGCUAUCAAAUCAACCCAGAUGGCUCAACUUCUCUAACACCUGUCACUCAGACAUGCUGCAUGAGGAUGCAGUGGAGACUAGAGUUUUGGUUCCAGUUUCUGUUGGACUGAUUGAGCUCUUUGUAGACAAACAAGUCCCUGAAGAUCAAAAUUUGAUAGAUUUUAUAACAUUACAGUUCAACAUCUCACAAGAUCACCAAAGCAUGAUGAAUUCAAACUUCUCCUUCAAGCCAACUGAAAGUGAUCAUAAACUUCAAAAGGAGCUUUUCCAUCCACCAGUCUCUCCAGCAACUAUGAUCCAGACUCUGAAUCUUCAAGAUGAAAUCAGCCCGGAUCAUAUUCAUUUACACAACUCUUCACUCAACUUCUUCCAACAAUUUGAUGAUCACAAUAUGGAAAAUGAAAACAAGGGCUUACUAGAGAGUCCUGAUGAACAGCUGAAUGCGGAUCAUAGGCCCUUGAACACUUUUGGUCAGGAAGAUCUUGACCCAUUCCAAAAGUCCUUGAUUAGUAAUGCCAUUGCAAGCGUUGAUGCACAAAUGAUCAAUACCAGUAUGGAGCCUAUGAAAACCAAGAAAAGGCGAAGUAAUGAUGAUAGAGAUUCCAUGAACAGAUCAGAUUCUCUCUCUGAUGAUGAAGAUAAUAAUGAUGAUGAAGAUAAUAACGAUGGCAAGUACAGAAGAAGAAAUGGAAAAGGCGGAGCUCAAUGUAAGAACCUCGAAGCUGAAAGGAGGAGAAGGGCCAAACUUAAUGAAAGGCUUUAUAAUCUCAGAUCUCUGGUUCCUAAAAUUACCAAGUUGGAUAGAGCUUCAAUUCUUGGAGAUGCUAUUGAAUAUGUAAUGGAGCUAAAGCAACAAGUCGAGGAUCUUCAGAACGAGCUAGAGAGGAACAUAGAAGACGAACCAAACGACAAUGAUCAAAGCACUCUUCAAUCAGAGGUUGUGCAUGGAAGUGAAGGUAAAAUCGGGACAAAGUCUGAACUUGGUAAAACUUACAAUAGGGCUUAUAAUGUGGGAGCAUCAUCAAGUAUCGCGACAGAGGUCUCCACCAAGAAAAAUUUGAACUCUGAAAGUACUAAUGAUAAGGUGCAACAGAUGGAGCCGCAAGUGGAAGUGAUUCAGUUGGAUGGAAAUGAGCUGUUUGUGAAGGUAUUCUGCGAGCACAAGCCAGGCGGUUUCGUGAAGUUGAUGGAGGCUCUGAAUUCUCUGGGGCUUGAAGUAACCAAUGUGAAUGUUACCAGCUUAUUAUCCCUCGUUCUCAAUGUCUUUAAAGUUGAGAGGAAAGACUGUGAUAUGAUUCAAGCUGAUCAUGUAAGGGAAUCUCUGCUGGAGCUAAGCAGAAACCCGAACCGGAGUUGGCCUGAGAUAUCUAAAGCAGCAACAUCAGAAAAUGGAAAUGGCAAUGAUCCUCACAGCUACCAUCCUUAUCACCACCAUCAGCAUCCCGUGCACUUCCACCACAAUCAUCAUCUCCAUCAUCUUCACAAUUAGGCCUAAUCGACAAUUAUAGGCCCCCUCUUUUCAAAACGCGUUGUUUCUUCUACUGCUACAUUAUAAAAUUAAGAACUAGCUGGUGAUGUAUGAACUUGAGUUACAUUUGCUUGAAUAAAAUAAGGGCGCCUUUUCAUCUA